AACGGGCUCAGGUAAUUCCUCCAAUCACAAACCGUGUGCGGACCUCAAGCGCGUAUACAAAGGCGCAGGUUGGACGGGAGUUCAACCAGAGUGCACCACCGCUGCGCUUACGUGCCGGGUUAAUGUGUAAUUUUCUCUCUGGUUCUGCAGUGUUUCCCUAAAAUUAAACCGGGGACCUCUGAACCGCAAUGUAAGCGCUCUCUGCAUUGCCCUACCCGGCCCUUAUCGUCGCUGAGUAGCACGCAUACACUCCACAAGUUCAAUUUCACCGUCAUCUGCCAACACGCACGAAUUUGCGGUCACAUCAUUUUGUACGCGGUGAGCACGGAGCUCAAAUGCAUGCUGUGCGCCAUCUAUAAAAUCGGACCUUUUCCACAUUUUUCUUUUGCCGAUUCUUGCGUGCGGUUAGGUUCAUUCAUUCUUGUCUUGUUCAUUCAACUCCUUUUUGGUUGGAAUUACUCUGGUGGAUUUGCAAAGAAGACGGAAGCAAAGGGACUUCACUACUGAAGGUACAUGUAAUUAACGGAAUAAUCAUGCAGCACCCAGAUGCAACACCGGUGGACAGACAUGAGGACACACGCAGGGAGUACAUACCCGGGAACCACCUGCCCACCAAUCUGUCCAGCGGUCUGUCCCGGCUUCUGCAGGACUCCCCUCCCUCGUCUCCGACCGACCGAGCAGCUACCGCCACAACUGCGACCACCACGGGAGCAGAGUCGGCACCGCCUCGGCCCCUGAUCGACCCGAACGCGGCCGGCACCUGCCCGUGCCGGACCCCAGUCUUGUUGGACAUGACGCGCUGCGAUCAGACGGACUUGGACUUACUGGACUGGCUCAAUAAAGCCGUCAUGCUCGUCAAAACCGUGCCUGGUCUGUCGCCCCUCCCCCAGGCCGACCGCGUACUACUCCUCUCCGCCGCCUGGAAGGAGCUGGUCAUCCUGUACAUGGCGCAGAGCCGCUUUGACUUUGAGUAUCUCAUACCGCAAGGUGGCUUGGACGACCUGGCUCAGAAACUCUCGGGCCCCGGUUCGAUUCCCACCCGUCACGGCCAGUGCUGUAUACACUGGAGCUGGAUUGAGGGGAUUCCUACGCUGAGGAGCGUGGAGCAACUUAGGUUUAUCUUGCACAAGUUUCGUGAGAUCAGGCCCGAUGAUAAGGAAUUUGCGCUGCUUCGGGUGCUACUACUGUUUAACGCUGAUCUCCGUGGUCUGAGCAACUCGCCGGCCGUCGAAGCAGCCAACGAGCGGGUCCACACCGCACUGAUGGAGUACGAGAACGCCUGCUACCCCCGCGACCCGCUCCGCCUGUCGCACCUUCUCCUCUUACUCCCCGGAGUUCGCGGCUUCAGCACCAAAGUCUUCGAGAAUCUCUUCUACAAACACCUGACGCGGGAUAUAAACGUUGAGGGCGUGCUCAGGGAUAUGCUCAGGGACUGACCCUUGACCUGACGGUCGGGUCCCCUGCGCCCUUAGCUGUACACAACCGGUUUACCAAAGGUUAGGAACGAGACCACGUUGGACUUUUUGAAAUGUUUGAAGUGUGGGGCCGGCUGGACGUUACGCUUACUACAUACUACCAAGAGGACUUUGCCCCUAUGACUUUCAUUCCAAAUAUGGUGCUCGGAAUUUAUCCAUAUUUUUUUCUGAACUUAAAUCUUGAGAAAUGUCAUUCUCCGGACUACUGAAGUGAUCUGAUAUUCAACAAAUAUUAGCACUACAAACUGAUGCCAGAUCAGUUUCAAUAAACGCCAAAUAAAAACACUAGGUCCAGCAGUCAAACGAAAUACAUACGCAGAUUCUCCUCAGUAGCCCUACAGGAACAGUGUACAAAAGUGCCAUUUACUCUAAUGAUCAAAGACGAAAAAAAUGCUUGAUAACCAAGACGUGAUCUCACCUCAGUAGUGAAUGUUGGAACUUUAAUUGACAAGUAAAUUCGCAAUUCCUUUGCGAACGGAACAAUAAUUUGAAAACCUUCAAGAACUGACAUCCGAUCAUGGUGAGCCGUACAUUGCUUUACUUGAGACCCCGCAAACUUUAUGAUACACUGAUGGUACCCGGCAAACUGGUUCCGUCUUUGAAGCAAUGGACAACGUACGCUGACAACUCACACAGCUAAAAACUUGAUGAAAUCCACUGGUUAAGCUUAAGUUUCCCCAAAAAAGAAAGUGUAUAGAAAAUAAACCCACUUAUUUGCAUGCCAUUGUGUUUUCAUAAUGUCAGUGCACUAUCUGCAACACAAUUGAUUUUUGGACCGUCAAAAAUAUCCCGACACCAGAACAAAAAGCGUUUGUAUUUGCUGACGAAUACCAAUCUACAAAGAGUUUUUUAAUCUGCCGCAGAUGUCAGUGGGUGACACAGUUAACUCUGUUCACGCGCGGAGUGCUAUCAGAUAGAAGAUUAGUGCAUACAUAAAUCGAUUUUCUGAGGGUCCAAAUUUCGUAUUUUUCCAUUUACCUUGAUAGCUUGUGAAAUUAUAAACAUGAUGGGACAGAGUCCCUGAUAACUUUUAAACGCUGCGGCUGUCCACUUCCGACAUUGCCAACCUCAUGAAAAUUGUAUUCUGCACAAUGGGCGCAGCCAUCUUGGAUUUCCCAGUGUACCGUCCUAGCCGUCGAGAGAUUGAGCCCGAGACGCGUACUGAGGGAGUAAUGGCAUAUUUUGCCGGCGACGUCAAGGUACAAGAUCGUUUACCGUGGCUGCAACAAUACCAUUGUUUAAGAAACCCUUUGAGUAAGACAGUGACUCAAAGAUACAAGAAUUGACUGUCAACGUUUCGAUCAAUAUGCACUGGUCUUCUUCAUGACAUGACCCUGGCCACAAAUGUCACUUGACAGAUGUUUUUUUUUUUUUUUAAGUUUAUUCAGUCACUCGAGUUUGAACAGUGAAAUUCGCAAAUUCUCAAUUUUCUUCGAGACUCAGUUUCAGAAUAUGGCAUUCCAUUAAAAAUGAAAAAAGUUAUUCCACAUGUUUGUACAGUAAUAUAGGUCCACUCUCCCUGCAUUUCAGUUUAGUAUAUUUAUUGACAAAUCACGCUAGACCAGAGUAGUAUAUCAAAAACUAAUUUAUUACAAAAUGGCCACACGUACUGUACUUUCUCCAACCGAAGUGCUGCGUCGGUGUAAGAAAUAUUUCUAACAGCAAUAAUGCAAACGUGUUCCGUCUUUUGAAAAAAAAGUGCCAGAGCAUUGAAUAAUAGCAAAGUCGAUGAUUUUUGUGUUUGUUUGUUUGUUUUAGUACGCAUAGUUAAGCCAGUUUAUAUAGAUUACUUAAAAGUUUGUAAAAUUUCCUGCGAUUUAGCGGCACCGUCAUAUAUGGUUUUAAAGGAAACGAGCUUGCCAUGUUAGUUCACGAAACAUUGUUUGAAAACAGUUGUGGCUUUAAAUAAUCUUGAGAUUUUUGUGCUGCUCGUCAUAAAAUGAUGUAGACAGGUUCUAAAUUAUUGAUUAUUGUUAAAUCGCGAAGUUUCAAAAAAGAGUAUAAAAAGAUCAAGGGUUAAUUGUAUGUGCAGAUGUACCUUUUCCGAUCAUUGCGCAGCGGCCAUCUUGGUAUAGUACCCCGAAGUCUUACACGCUUCACAAUUGGCCAUUCAAUGACCAAAUCACUCUUAAAGUGAAACCGUUUCCUCUGUCUCAACGACAUCUUGUGGACAUCAUAUUUAUUUUUAAAGGGGGAUAAAGAUGGUCGCUCUGUUUGUUUUGUUCAUCAUUUAUAGUAAAAAAUAAAUCCAGUUUCAAACCAAUCAGAAUGCAGAGUUGUAAAUUUAUCUUAGCGUAUAUCUUCUCCAUGCUUAACAAGAGCUUGUCAUAACAAUGCUUGGCUAAUCGUAUCAAAUACAGAAGCCAGAUUUGGAAAAGAAAA